AUGGCUGCUUCGUAUGCAGAAUCUGAUUUUCGAUUAACUUUAGUUGAUGCGGAUCUCAAAUUCAUCCACUCAGAUGACUACUGGAUGAAUCCAAGGAGUAGUAGUGCACAUACUCAGGGUGAUGAUAGAGGGCCUUCUAGUAUGGGUGGCAGAGACCAAAAUGUUGUACUACGUAGCAUAACCCAGCAGGUGAGGGCUAAGAUGGCUAGAGGUUCUCAGGAGCGGAGCUGCACGAUUGAGCAAUUCAUGCGGAUAAGACCUCCAUCGUUUUUUGGAGGAGCUGUCCCACUUAUGGCUAAGAACUGGGUCCAAGAUAUAGACGAGAUGAUGGCAGUUCUUCCACGUACAAAUGAACAGAAAGUCUUAUUUGCAACAUUUAAACUAAUUGAUGAGGCAAAGGGCUUGUGGAGAUCAACAAAAUUGUUGGAGGAGCAAACACUGGACCCUAUAACUUUGACAUGGAACCACUUCUGGGAGAUUUUCUUUGAGAGGUACUUUCCCUCUAUAGUUAGGAGUGUGAAGGCGGUGGAGUUUCUGCAUCUAACGCAGGGACCGAUGACAAUAUAG